UUCAGCGUUAACCUUCCACACUGUUUAUUUCUUUCUUUGAGGUUGACAUUCCAAACGAACUUUGUUCAACGGAAGCAUCGUAGGUUGUUUUCUUCUAAUCCGUUUCAAACGGAUUUAAUUGACUUUGGAAGAUCUAACAAGAAUAUUUAAAGCAAGGAUUCAAACUUGCAUACAUAAAAGACUGACUACUAGCUAAGAAAAACCUAAGUAUUAUGACAGAUACGAAUCCAAUUUAUUCUCCGUUCUUCGGAGUGAUGGGAGCCGCCUCAGCAAUGAUCUUCAGCGCUUUAGGUGCAGCUUAUGGUACUGCCAAGUCUGGGACCGGUAUUGCAGCCAUGUCCGUGAUGCGGCCUGAGUUGAUCAUGAAGUCUAUUAUUCCUGUUGUAAUGGCCGGUAUUAUUGCCAUUUAUGGGUUGGUCGUGGCAGUGCUCAUCUCAGGUGCUUUGGAUGUGCCAGAAAAAUACCCAUUGUACAAGGGUUUUCUUCAUUUUGGUGCCGGUCUCGCAGUAGGCUUCAGUGGGCUCGCCGCAGGUUUUACCAUUGGCAUAGUUGGCGAUGCUGGGGUCCGUGGGACAGCACAGCAGCCAAGGCUUUACGUUGGAAUGAUUCUCAUCUUGAUUUUCGCAGAAGUGUUGGGUCUAUACGGCCUAAUUGUUGCCAUUUAUUUGUACACAAAAUAAACUUUUUUUUCUUUUAAUGAUCUGAAGUUUAAGAAGCCAAUUGUCCUUUCUUCGUUAAUGUAAUGCAUAUUUACUAGAUAACAUGAAAUCUUUAUGAUAAAAAGUCUUUUCAACAAGAUUAUUUUUAUUGUAAUAAAAAUUAACCUUUAAA